CGACCGACUGCAUUGAAUCAACCAUUUUGUUACUUCGUCCUCGCCUCUUCAAGUCUGUUGCCUUCACUUGCCCCUCUCUCUUUCUGUUUGGAGCGCUCAGCAAAUCCUUGGGAAUAUAGGGCAACAAGUGGGGAGUUCGGAUGAUGUCAGACUGCCCCGAUAUGACGGGGUUGCAAAGUCUGCUGCCCGAGACAGUCCGGGUAGAGGCCAAUUACGCAGAACUGAACGCAAAGCUCGCUGAGCUUCAGCACCAAUAUGACUUCCAGGAGCGUCAGGCAAUGACGGUGCUUUCCGCAGAAUCGAACGCCAUCGAGGAAGAUUUCGAGCGGCAGAGAGCGGAAAUGGUUGCCGAACUAGGCUCGCUGCCGGCAGCUGUCGAGAAGGUCGUGAGGAUUCUAAGCGAGAAGAAAGAAAUGGAGAUUGAUGCGCUCCGCCGAAAACAUGCAGAAGAGACGGCCGCGAGAAGGGCACGCUAUCACGAACAGAAAACGAGAUUCAAAGAAGAGUAUUUCUCCAUCAUCACAUCGCUGAUGGGUGCGUUGCCAAGGCGAAGAUCGGGUGACCACUACCCCGCCCGGCGUCGGAUGUUGAGUGCGGGUGUCGACGAAAGCAACGCUGAGAUCAACGGCAACAACAACUUGACCGAGGCUGCGUCGCGACCACCGGAGGCUGGGUUUCCGUUGCCAAGGGAGAUCUCCAAUCAACCUGACGCGCAGAUUGCACCAGCACAAAAUGACGCCCUCGGUCAUGGGCAGUCGCGGUGGCCGCACCCGCCGUCACCGCACAGACAAGACACGUCCACCGAGUCCGUUCCCCCACAGCGAACAGACGAAAGGGGUUUUGUUGAGCGUGAUCCUGGGACCGAAACGGUAGAGGGCCUACCGGAUGGGCCCGAAUCUAGUACGCCGGGUCAGAAGCCGCUUCGAAUAGACCCCGUCUUGUCGGGUGGCGGUCAUGAGCACAAGCGGAAAGCGAAUGAGGCCUGCAACAGCGAACCUUCUGCAUCUCCGUUGAAUCGUGUCAAGCGUGCCAGGCUCGAGAAACUCGACGACAGCGAGAGCAGAGCUCCUGACGAGCUCUCGCCAGGGGCCGCUCCGGAGGCACCGGAGACACCAGAGACACCGGAGAGGACAAUCUCGUUUGAGGAUGUGUACGGCACGCCGGAACACCGGCCCCAGCAUAGGCACAUCAUCGUCCAAUAUCCCAGCGGGUCGGGCAAGUUCUACAUUCUCAGAUGCGACGAACAUGGGGUGCACUUUGGCGAACAUCCACUGCGAGGGGCAGCUAAGCACCUUGCCAGCGCACAGCAUGGUAACAUGUCGAAGGCGCACGCCACGGCGAUUGAGACGCUGGGCCACCGCGUUCUUGGUUGCACACAGGAGCUAGCAGAGCAGAACAACCGAGACGUUCUGAGCGGCUUCAAGGACGGCACCUACAAGAUAUUUAACGCAAACAACUUGAGCCAGGCGAAGCGCGCCGAGCUGGGCUUCCCACCUCUCGAAACCGGCACGGCCAAGGCCGGAAUGGCCCGGAAACCCUCCACAGCGGUCACCAACCCCGAACCCUGCAGAUUUUACCUGUGCUCUGUCGGAGAGCAGAAAUGCCCCGUCUUAAUCCUUCCUUGGGGUGACGUGUCCCCAGCCGGUCUUCAUGGCACACUGGCCGGCACCGGUAUUUUCCACGACGUCGCCGCCGAUGGAAGGCAGCUUGGGGUGCCUAUGCUGCCCAAGUGCUACACCUACGACGAGGAAAAUGGUCGCGUCAAGGGUAUCAUGGGCUGGGCGAGGGGGUACGAGCUUGGCGGCCCGUUGGAGAAGAAACGUGAAUUCCCCGUCUUGUGCGCUGAGAAUGCUGAUUAUCGUCUCUGGUCUCUUGGAUGGGUCAAGGCUGUGCACCUGUUGCCUCUCGACUUUGACCAUCCCGGGUCCCGGAAUAUCCCUUUCUUCAGAGUAGCCUUGGACUACUUUGUUACCAAGAUUCUGCGUCGGCGUGGCGUCCCGGAUGUUACGCAUGCUACUGCUGAGGAUGUCGAGAUGAGGGACAUCGGAGCUAUGAACAACAACGGCUCGGAAGGCUAUUCUGACCAGGAUUCCAUCAGCAAGGGCAUAACAGAUGCCGACAGCCGACGCACUAGCCUGUCGAACCAAGAUGAGCAGCCCGUCGGCGAAGCGAAGUCGUUGGAAGGCGUCGUCAACUCUAAAAGUAAAAGGCCUACGGUGCCGGGGUCCUCGGCAACCCCCAUAUCCCCUGCGACCAACGCUCGAUUGAUCGCGGCUCAAGCUCUGAACUUGCAAACACCACCGCGGACCGCGUUCACGCCCAUCAAUGCCGCCAGUGGUGGCGAGCGAAACGCGUCUCGGAGCGCCUCUGCCAGUGUCGACCCUCCGUCAAGGCCCGGUUCAGUGUCGAGCACGAGCGGAGGACACAGGCGCGUGCUAAAGAUUCAUGCCCGCAGCCGCAAUCCCCAGACACCGAACCAGAGCCAUUCCGGUCAACAUCCUGUAAACCUGCCCGAGAGGCCAAUGAGCGGCGCGCUGUCGCAUAGCGGCACUCCGAUCCAACCUCAGGGCAACGAAAGGAAGGGGAGCCCGGCUUCUCUCCAGAACAUCCUGCAGGAGUUUCCAAACCCAGGUGUCGUCGGCCCAUCUCCAGUUGCCUCUCAGUCUCCCAAACCACCUGUGGCUCGACGGCCUCUCCCUUCGGCGCCAAUGCGAGCCGCAUCACCCUCCGUGGCAGCAUCCAGCUCGCUCACAGUUCCGAAGCAACCGCAGCUCGCGAGAGAGAUCCGGGCUGGCUCAGCACCAGCAUCACACUCACCGCAGCAGUGGACAGACCCGGUGGCGGAAGAGAUUCGGCGUGCUGAGAGCGCGACGGUAGCCACUCCCGGUUCGAGCAGGCAUUCCACGCCUCAGCCACCAGUGCCGCUGACCGUGGCACGGGAACGGGAAUCGGAAUCGGAAGUAGAAGCCACAAAGAACGGGGAACGUCGUCCGUAUGGAAUUCAACUGCCUCCGCCGCCGGCGACCUGGUCACAGAUCUCGCACCUCAAUACAACUCCGCUUGCGACGCCCACUGCCAGCGCGGCCAACACGCGGUCGAACUCUCCGGUCUUGCCCUUGCCUAAAGCAGGCGCAGCCGCUCCUGGCUUCACGAAGCCCGAUACCCCAACGAUGACCCCUACCGGCGGAUUCGUCCCCACCAUGGACGUCUUUGAUGUGGCGGCCUUCGUGGAAGACGACAGCGAAGUAUUCCGCUCAGGCGCCCCGGGCCAAUUUCUUCGCCUGAUCGACGACCACCAAAGCGGUGUCUUUACGACGUCCUCGGACGCUCCUGUGUCCCUAAAAGUCGAACCGAGAAAGAUCAAGUCUGUUGAGAGGGUAGCGUCACAGGGCGGGGCAGUGUGCGUGGUCAAGCUCAUUUAUCACGCUGAAAGGCCCGAAGGUCAUCAGAGUGGUGAUGAGCGCGAACACACGCAAAUGCUCGUGAUGGAAAAGGCCAGGUCAACCGCAAGUGGGAUGCAGAAUGGUGUGGUGCAUGCCCGGCGGUUCUGCAGGCGGCUGUUGGAGUGGAACCCGGAUAUAUCGAAUCCCCCCGUCACCAAUCCGUGAAUCCUGUUUCUGUUUGAUUGUUCCUCGGCGCUUGUAGCCCGGGCCGGGAAAGCAGGGAAAGAAAAGAAGAAUGAUCAGGGCCGCCCGCUUGGAUGGGUGCGACCUUGGUGCAAGCAAGACUCCUUGAACGACGCCUUCAGUCCUGUAAGGCUGGGCAUGCGGGCAACUUCCUCUUUAGAUGCAUUUUCCUUAUACCUAAGCUGUCAUGGCACUGAUGCAAUCUCGCAUAGCC